GUCUUAAGCUCCGCCCUUCUCCGCUAGAUGGGAGGGCGGCAGAGGAGGCGCUUGGUUAGUAGCAGGAUCGGUGGCGUGUGGGUGCUGGUGGGUAGAGGCCAGCAUGGCGGAACCCGGAGAUGGAACAGUUGCAGAGCCGGCUCCAGAGCCUCUUCUGCUCCUGGCAGGCGGAGAUGAGGAGGGGGACGCAGAAGAGAUCGUGGAGGUGGUGGACCUCGAGGCGCCUGGACCUGACGAUUUGGCUGAUGAAAUGGAAGACGUGGACUUAGAUGAAGAGGCGGCUGCUUGGGAGGUGGUGGAGGAGGAAGAUGAGGGGGUGGAGGAAGGCAUGGAGGCCCAGGAUGACAGCGAGGUCACAUUUUCGAAGCACACAGCAUCUGUCUUCUGUGUCAGCCUUGAUCCAAAGACCAACACGCUGGCAGUGACAGGUGGUGAAGAUGAUAAGGCCUUUGUGUGGCGCCUCAGUGAUGGGGAGCUCCUCUUUGAAUGUUCAGGUCACAAGGACUCUGUUACUUGUGCUGGUUUCAGCCAUGACUCUGUAUUUGUGGCCACCGGUGACAUGAGUGGAUUGAUCAAAGUGUGGCGGGUGGAGACCAAAGAAGAGAUCUGGUCUUUUGAAGUGGAUGACUUGGAGUGGAUGGAGUGGCACCCUCAAGCUCACAUCCUCUUUGCUGGCACGGCUGAUGGCAACUCCUGGAUGUGGAAGAUCCCUGGUGGAGAGUGUAAGACCUUCCAAGGGCCCAGCUGCCCAGCCACUUGUGGACGUGUCCUUCCUGAUGGGAAGAGAGCUGUGGUCGGUUACGAAGAUGGGACUGUGCGCAUCUGGGAUCUGAAGCAGGGCAACUCACUGCAUGUUCUCAAAGGUCAGGAUGGGCAUCAGGGCCCUUUAACCUGUGUGGCCUGCAAUAAGGAUGGUAGCCUAGUUCUGACAGGCUCCAUUGACUGCCAUGCCAAGCUAGUGAAUUCAGCAACUGGCAAGGUUGUGUCUGUGUUUAAAGCAGAAAGCAUUGCCCCCAAGCCUUCAGCAGGAGAAGCUGAGGAGGCUGAAUCCAACUCUGUUGAGUCUCUGGGCUUCUGCAAUGUGAUGCCACUAGCAGCUGUUGGCUAUCUGGAUGGAACCUUGGCUAUUUACGACAUUGCCACACAGACCCUGAGGCAUAAAUGCCAGCACGAGUCAGGGAUUGUGCAGCUCCUGUGGGAAGAGAGCUCACCUGUGGUCUACACCUGCAGCCUGGAUGGGGCCGUGUGCCUUUGGGAUGCCCGUUCAGGCAAGCUGAUUAGCGAGUACCGGGGCCACUCGGCUGAAAUCCUGGAUUUUGCUUUGAACAAAGAUGCUUCCAUUGUGGUCACCACCUCUGGGGAUCACCAGGCCAAGGUGUUCUGUGUGCAGCGCCCUGACCGCUAACACUGCCUCACUCAGGCAGGGAUUGACACUGUGAAGAAACAGGCCCAUGCGGAUGCCAGCGGCCACACCAGUGGUGGGGUGGGCGGGGUUAGUGUCAUCGCCUCUAAGGGGCAUCUAACCUCUUGGUGAGGGAAAAGCUUUGCCGCUCUCUUCCCUAAUGGCUCCGGGCUAAUUUCAGAAGGCUUUUAAUUAUCCCACCUGCCUGGUGCUUUUGUAGAACUGCAAAGCCAUGAAGCCACACUCUCUCUGAUCUGGGGCUAGAUCACCAGGAUCCUCAGCAUGUUGGUGGUGGGAAGGUGUGCCAUGCCUUGUGGGCAGAGGAAAGCCUUUGUAUUUCUUCCAGGUUCAAGUGUCACUUUCCCCUGCAUAACUUCUGACAAAGUGUGUAAAAUCCCCGGUAAUAUGAGACAUAUUAAUCAGCAUUAAGACAUUAAUAUGUCUUAAUGCUCUUCCCCAUAAGGUGGAGCAGAGGGAUUGCUUUGCAGCCUCUGAAAUGAAGAGGAAGCAUCUCCUCCUCCUCCUGUUGAAUCCCUCUGCCUUUCACAUUUGAGUGACAAAUAAUGUGAUUAGAGACUGAGAAAUCAGUGUAGGGUGUGAUGACUUCUGGUACACAUGUAUUUCUUUUAAGAAGAUGGGUGACUGAAUAGCUCAACCUGGAGUUGUUCAUUGGAUCAGUCAUUCCUCCCCUACAAAACAACUUGGUCAAAUAAUGAUUCUUGUCUUUGCACUCAGAUGACCACAGGAUGCAAUAAUAAGAGAGAGAGGCUUCACAAGGAUAUUCUCGGCUUGGACCAUUUGGCCCUGGUCAGAUGGCAGUUGGGUGACUUUAUAAACAGGAUCCAGAUUAAGUUAGUCAUGAUUUGGUCCCAUUGAUUUAACUUAGUCCUAUUGAAAUUGUUUUAUGUUGAUGUUACUUAGCCAUGGCUAACGUAAUCUGGAUCCUGCCCAGUGUCCGUCAUAGAUCAGCCUUUUUCUGCACUCUGCCUCUGUAGUGGCUUUUUGCUAGUAAGAGGAAGUAGAUACGUGCAGCAGAACCACAAAGCAGCCCCUAUUCUUCCAACCAGUUCCUUUGCCUCAAGAGAGGAAGCUGACUGGGAGAUUCUGCUGUUCUGCUCAGUGGUCCUUCCCGUAAUGCACACCAGCCACAUCUCAUUGGCAGCCAAAUGUGUGGCUGUAGGUGCAACAUCUAACCUUUGUUAGAUAGUGUGUUCUGCUGUGAAGACCUUGGUAGGUGGGAUGCUGCCUCCUGUGCACUAGGACUGGGCUAGUGCCUGCUAGCCUAGGCAGAAGCAUGGGUUUGGAGAACUUGGGACCGGGCAGUGUAUUUCUUGCCAGCUACUUUUUAAAGUACCUGCAUUGUUCUCCUGUGGUAUUUUGGGGAAAGCAGAAUAGAAAGGAGGGAGAAUUCUCUGAGGGCUCACAAUGCUGCUUAGGAGAACUGGGGCAGGGAGAAGUUCAUCAGCUGCUCUUUCUCUUGCUAAGGGAGAAGUGGCCCCUGCCACUGCCAAAGAUGAUGACAAAACCCAGGGGACAUAUUUAUUAAGAGAGCUCAUAGGGCAGCUCCAAAGGAUUUCAAGGAUGUGCUCUUUGUUGGGGGACAAACACUAGUAGUCAUCCAGAACCCAGCUCCAAAGGGAGCCACAACCUCCAGCAAUCAUGACUUACCUGUCAUUGCCAGCUGUCUCCCUGCCCAGCAACCAUUAAUGUCACAAUGGGCUUUUUCAGGGCCAAUGGUUGCCAACCCUAAGUGUAGGCAUUUUGAGAUUGCCAGAAAAAACACCUUCCAUCCCCCCCGCACCCCCCCAUGUGGCUCUUCAUAUUGCCUGAGGUAUUCAGAGAGAGGCACUGCCCCCACCAGCAUGCAGUAGCCGGUCUCAUUCAUGUAUCACAGCAGUUGUGCCCCUUGAGUUGUUUAGAAGGGGCUCGGAAAAUGUGCUUUCUCCACAAUUCCUGCACUAGUUCUUCCUGGGUAUGUGUUCUCACUUUGAGGCAUAAUAGGGCCUGAAGUGCUCUUCUUGAUGACAAAUAGCCAUAAAAAAAAACAAAAAACCCAAGAGACUGGCAACCUACUCAAACUAUUCCACAUGAAUAGUUGCUCAGUUUUCCUUCCCCACAGACCCCUCCUAGGCCACCUUCCCAUUUACACAAGUAUUCCAGAGAAGACGUGUACCAGGAUUUUAAAGGUGUCAGUCAAACAUAUUUCAGUUUUGUUUAUUCUUUUAAUAUGAAUUUCAUUUUCUGUGGAACCAGCCAAGCAGUCUGGCACUUGAGUGCCUUUCUGGGUUGAGAUAAAUUUUGCACUUGCCCUUCAAAAAAUAAAAUUAAAUCUAUACACUGA